UUCUAUCUCUGAUCAUGCAAAGCAUUGAGGAAGUUGAACUCUGCUUCCCACAGCUCGCCAAUUCCUCCUGCAGGAAGAUUGUGCAUCCUCAUUCAACAUACAUGCUCAUCUAUUUUUCACUAUCUUCUGUGUCUUUGCUCAUUGUGACUCUUAACUUAUUUGUCAUCAUUUCCAUCUCCCAUUUUAAGCAGCUCCACACCCCCACCAACAUCCUCCUCCUCUCCUUGGCUGUCUCAGAUUUCUUUGUAGGCUUCCUCAUAGUCUUUCAGAUUCUUCUAAUUGAUGGGUGCUGGUAUCUUGGUGAUUUUAUGUGUGUUGUGUAUUAUAUAAUUGAUUAUGUUAUUACAUCUUCAUCAGUAGAGACCAUGGUACUCAUAUCAGUUGACUGUUAUGUAGCUAUUUGUGACCCUUUCCAGUACCCCACGACAGUCACUCAAAAAAGAGUUUGUGUCUGUGUUUCAUUGUGUUGGAUGUUUUCUACUGUCUGUGUCUUUAUAGUGUUCAAAGAAAAUCUGGGAACACCAGGCAGAUUUAAUUCAUGUUUAGGAGAGUGUGUAGUUGGUUUUGAUGAAAUUGCUGGAUUAAUAGACAGUUUGUUUUUCUUCAUUGGUCCUGUCACCAUCAUCAUUAUUCUGUAUGCAAGAGUAUUUGUGGUAGCUGUGUCUCAGGCUCGUGCCAUGCGCUCUCAUGUUGCAGCUAUUUCUCUCCAGGGUUCAGUUAAAGUUAACAUUAAGAGAUCUGAACUUAAAUCAGUCAGGACUCUUGGGGUUGUUGUAGCUGUAUUUCUCAUAAGCAUCUGCCCAUAUUUUUUCAUAUCAGUUGCAGGUGAACAGACCCAGCUAAGUGCUUCAUCCUUUGCUUUUUUUCUAUUUUAUCUUAACUCCUGUCUAAACCCAUUAAUUUAUGUCCUCUUUUAUCCAUGGUUCAGAAAAUCUAUUCAAUUAAUUUUAACCCUGCAAAUACUGAAGCCUGGAUCCUCUAAGGCCAACAUAGUGUAAAGAGUGUGGUUACUGGCAUAAAAUCUGUAGAUUUCUGAUGAGUCAAUGCAUGUCUCUGCGGUUCUUUUUCAGCUCUUUUGCCUUGUUUUCUAACUGCUAUUCCAAUCCCAAUGUUUGAUUAAUUAAUCGAUUAUACAACACCAACUAACCACCCAUAAGAAAAAUAUUUUCUUUAAGCAACUCAGUGCACAAAUUCAAAUUUCUGUUUGAAGUCUUCCACCAACUUUGAAGUAUUUCCUGAAUGUAGCCUUUCUUCCUGUGCAUGUGUAACAUAAAUAGGACAUCACUGAAUAGGAAUAUUUUAACCACCAUAUGUGGAAGAGGAUUGAACUUCAAAAAACAUGAGAUGAGACAAAGCCAAUUCUAUCUGUUGCCAGCGGGUACUUCUUUUUAUUCACAUACAUGGUUCACAGUUACAAUUAACAAAGUCCCAAACCUUACAUGUCUGACUCCCUCUUAUAAGGUACACCUAACAUAUGGGUGUGUACUGGGAAUGGUCCAGUCAUGAACCCACCAGCUGUUUCCUGUCAUCUCUGAAAAAAAUCCUUAUUUAACUGUUCUACUGUGAAAAACAGGAAAUGGCCAAACAUUAAUCACUCUUGAUAACAUCAGGAGGGUCUCCGGUGUUUUUGAAAUACAGAGCCAAGUUUUUAUCAACCAAGUUCAGCAAAAAUCCAGUUGAUCUCUUGUUACCUCUGCCGUGGAACACUAAAACAUUCUAGAACAACGAUCUCCCAUACAUAAUUGUUUGUUUUUUGUUAAAAUGGCUUCACCUCUACUGCCCUCUAAAUUCUCAAAUCAACCAGUCUUUGUUUGACACAUCCAGGUAAGUUGUCAUGUUAUUUUUUUUCUAAUAACCCAUCUUGGAUUUGUUAGUUUGAUAGCUGUUUUUUGUAUUUCCCUUUAUCUCUGGCUACAUAUAUGCUCCAAUGAAACUUUGUUGUGUGAGAAAAGAAUUAAUACAUGGUUAGAAUAAAAUUUAAAUUGUUUGUUUAUUAUUGUUAUCAAUAAAAGCAUUGUUUGUUAAACAUCAAAGUGGAUGAACUUACUCUCAUGUGAAUUAACGGCAAGGCCAAGGCUCCAAUGGAUGAAAAGCACACUAUUCUACUAUUUUUCUACUAUUAUAAGAUAGCAGCAAACAACUUAUGAGCAUUUUACUAAUGUACUGAUGCAAUUUAUGUUUCAGUCCAGUGUUUUAAGUCCAAUAGGUGGGUUCUAACAGGAAUAUGACCCAGAACACCCAUCAAAACUUGUUUUGGAAUGGAUAAAGACUGCUAACAUCAAUGUCAUUGAAAAGGAUUACAUCAUUCAAAAAAUUAUAGCAUGUUUUCCAGGUCAUGAAGCAACAAAGCAGCCCCACACCGUUACACUACUAUCACCAUGUCAGACCAUAGCAUUAUUUUUUUCCUCAAAUGUUCCACUUCUGUCUCAAGAGUAGAGCAAGAGGAUAAUUCAAAAACGUCAAUAGAACAGUUUUUUUCUUUUGCAUUCUAGCUUAUCAUGUAAAUUAAUAUUACAGUCAUUACAUUCUCCCAACCAAUCACAAAUGCAGACCCAGAAACGCUUUGUCAAGCUCCACCCCUUUAAAGAGUUCAGA